AUGGGGCGAACGAGCGGCAGGCGGACGACUCUUCUACCGCCGCAGCUCCGGUGGUACGUCCUGCCCCUGCUCCUCCUCAUCCUCCUCGCCAUGGCGUCGAGCUCCAGCUGCGAGGCCUCGAGAGGCAUGCAGCCCUUCAGGGGCCGGCCGCUGGAGCGAGGGGCGGCCAACCAUUUCUUCGGGUUCCUGCCGAGGGGCUCGGUGACGCCGUCGGGGCCGUCGCGGAAGCACAACGCCGUCGGCCUCGACAGCCAGCUGGAGAAGCCGUGA